AUGUCCGUCGUGGACACCACACAACUCAUUCUCAACCGCAAGCUCAACGAUGACGAGUUCUUCAAAGCAGCCACUCUUGGCUGGAUGAUCGAGCUGCUCCAGGCUUUCUUCCUCGUCAGCGACGAUAUCAUGGACAGCAGCAAGACCCGCCGAGGCCAGCCAUGUUGGUACCUCAUGCCAAAUGUCGGCAUGAUCGCGAUCAACGAUGCCUUCAUGCUCGAGUCGUCAAUCUACAUCCUGCUCAAGAAGUACUUCCGUCAAGAGAAGAACUAUGUCGAUCUGAUCGAGCUGUUCCACGAAGUCACCUUUCAGACUGAGCUCGGCCAAGAGUGCGAUCUUCUUACCGCGCCAGAAGACCACGUCGACCUUGACAACUUCUCGCUGGACAAGUACACCUUCAUCGUCAUCUACAAGACUGCAUACUACAGCUUCUACCUUCCCGUCGCUCUCGCCCUCCAUUUCGCCGGCUUCGCAACGCCCAAGAACCUCAAGACCGCAGAAGACAUCCUCAUUCCAAUGGGCGAGUACUUCCAGAUCCAAGACGAUUAUCUCGACAACUUCGCCGACCCGUCAGUAUUGGGCAAGAUCGGAACAGAUAUUCAGGAUAACAAGUGCAGCUGGUUGAUCAACCAAGCCUUGAAAAUUGCCAGCCCUGACCAAAGAGAGGUGCUUGAGAAGAACUACGGCCAGAAAGAUAGCAAGAAGGAAGCCGCUGUGAAAGAGGUGUUCAAUGAAUUGGAUUUGACAUCGGUGUAUACCAAGUACGAGGAGAAGAGAGUCGGCGAGCUGAGGGAGAAGAUCGACGCGAUCGAUGAGAGUGAGGGCUUGAAGAAGGAGGUCUUCUCGGAAUUCUUGAGAAAGAUCUACAAGCGGAGCAAGUAGAGCCUGCUGAAGCCAGAUGGAGCUGGGUGAUAGGGACAAAGUGGUCAUGUGAAUAGCGCAAUGUAUCUGCGCAUGCUGGUACAAGGACUGAGAUCCCUUAUGCUGUGCUCGGGGUGUUGUAAUGACGUGCUGCAUAGUUGAAGCAACCGACGGACGACUGACUGAUGCCAAG